AAAAGAAAAAAAAGUUACACGACAUACACACACUACUAUCAUUACACCCAAAAAAAAGAAGAGCAGAAAGCAAGCAAAGCAAAGGGGGCAGAAGAGGAGCAGAGGUGUGAGACAUGGACGAUUACACUCGAGAAAUGAUGGAGUUGAAGACCCUCGUCACCAAAACCCUUGAGAAGAAAGGGGUCCUCGCCAAGAUUCGAGCUGAGCUGAGGGCUAGCGUAUUUGAGGCUAUCGAGGAAGAGGACAGGGUAGUUGAAGAGGAAGAAGGUCUGCCUCCUGCACUGUUGGGCAGCUGCAAUGAUCGUGCAAAAAAACUUCAUUCGUCUCCUUCAGGGAGGCUUUUAACUGCACUAAUAUGUGAAUAUCUGGACUGGGCACAACUCAACCACACCCAUAAAGUUUACCUGCCAGAGUGCAAUAUGCAAAAGGACUCAUGGAAAUCCGAGUUAAAAGACUUCAGUAACAAGAAUGGAUAUGAUCUUAACAGAAACGGCGAUAGUGGCCCUCUGCUUUUGGAUGUUCUUGAAGGAUUCCUGAAAUAUGAGAAUUUAACACAAGCAAUGAAUACUGGUAGGAGAUCCACUCCUGAUACAGAGUCAUACUCCAGCAUAGAAUCCAGAAAUAGUCGAAGACCGCCUUCAUCAACUGUUGCUGGGGGCUUAGCUCCCUUAGGAAGGCCGGGUCCUGUUUCUCAGUCAUCUGACAGGAGAGGCGGAUCAUCCAUGUCGGGCUACAGGAAAGAUGAAUACAACUGGAGAUAUGACAGCAAUGAACAUCCAGAUGAGGUAGAUGGUGCGUCAUCUGCUUUGGAAAACCUUCACUUGGAUAGAAAGGCGCGGAAUUUGACAAACUCUUGGUGGCACAGUAGGGAUGGAGUAACCGAAGAUGAUGGUAGGCCAGACCAUAUGUAGUUCACGUGAAAUCCUCAAAAGUACUCUGCAUGCAAUGUUUGCUGUAUCAUAUAAUCUUUGAGUUAUGCUGCCAGACUUGGGUAGUAAGAUGUUCAUGAUAUGUUAUAUAACUAAGUAGAUCUGGAUCAUGGAUUUUUGUAUGAACCUUUUCCUUUUAUGCUCUGUGAACUGAUGUUCCUUAUCUCAAGGAAAAUGUGUACAGUGUAAUGGUAGAUCUAUAUACCAUUGCAUGAUAACUAUCUCUAUCUGAUAUUAGAUUCCGGGGGCAAUUAUGUUGAAAA